AUAAAACGAAUUACUAAAACAAAGCAAGCAAAUCGUAAAAUUCUCCUAGCUGGAGGAAGUGAUCAGUACACUUUUUCGCGAAUGUUCAGUAAUUUGUGUGUUCCCCGUUUCGUUUUGUUGUUUUUCUUGGCGGAUCAAUAUAAAUACUUGUGACAAUGGAUGCACCAGAACCACAGCGUUCAAAGAUUUUCAUCAAUCCGGAUUUUAAGAAAGCCCAUAUCAAUCGAAAUUUUCUUCCGAAAACUACAACCAGCAUAGUUUCCACCGUUUCAAAUAUGCCCAUCCCAAUUUCAAAUGUCCCAAAUAUUCACCUGAAUCCAGUUUUCAUCAAUAAAUUACAUCAACAGAAACUUCAUAAUACUUCGGAUUUUUGCGACAUGACCUUGGCUUCAGCUGCGCCUGUUCCAUUAAAUCCCAUAAUCAAACACACUAAACGGAAGCUGAUACGAGCUUCCUCUGCUGUGCCGUUGCGAUCUGCUGGAAUCGUUCGGGAACCACUUUUGGCACCGUUAGUUAAAAUAAGUAAAAAUAAAUUGGUAAGAUCUACCCCGGUGGUACGAGCAGAUACAGUGCAACAUGCAAGACCUGAAGUGACAAAAAGGCGCUUUAGUUCAAUCGAUACAAACGGUAUUCCCGAAAAACUCAAUCGAAUAUCAUAUUCCUCGCAUGCAAUUGCCAAAUCAAAUGCAUUCAUUCGACGGUAUUCGCUAAUUAGACCUGGCACUAUGAGUCCACAGAAUGUAAUUGUUACUGAUCGGAAGCUGCUCAAAUUGGAAGUUUAUCUACAACGUAUUGCAACGCCAUUGUCACCAUCCACAGGCAAGGUCUCACCCAAUAUUACGUUUGCCUCGCCAAACAAGAAGCUAGUCAUGAUAAAUAUCAACGGGGUGCUUUAUCGAUCUUCGACCAAUAAAUUGCAGUUAUCAGCAACACAAUCAUUGAUGAAGUCUUCCGCAAUUGCCAAUUCCAACCGGGAAAGGUGUCUUAAAAUAAGAGGAACCAGAUUUCUGCUAAAUUCAAGAGGAACGAAGCUUCGAAAAGUACCGUCAAUUCUGGAUGAUAGUUCUUCGGAUGCCAAACUAAGGCGUAUCGACAUCGGUGGUCUGACAUACAAGCCGAAAACAGAUGGUACUUUUGUCAAAACGGAUGUUCAUCGAACGAGAGCUCAUUUAAGUUUGGCCAAGCAAAAAAGCAUUCUGUUCCUUACCAACAAAAUGCGAAAAUGUAAUGUUCCUUGUCAAAUUUUUCGGCGCUUAGGAAGAUGUGCAGCGUAUAUGCAGGGUAGAUGCCCUAAGCUACAUGAUCCGAAUCAAGUCUCAAUUUGUUCAAGAUUCCUGAAGGGAGAAUGUUCAAAUUCUAAUUGUCUUUUAUCUCAUAACAUAUCGCUUGAAAAAAUGCCGGUGUGUCAUUUUUAUCUCGAAGGGCGCUGUGAUCGAAAUGAGUGUCCGUAUUUGCAUAAAAAAGUUAGCGAAAAUGAACGGAUUUGCGAAGAUUUUCUGAAAGGAUUUUGCGCACUAGCAGAUAAGUGUCAGCGUCGUCACGUUUUUGUUUGUCCUGAAUUUGAUCGUUUGGGAUUGUGCAAAAAAGUUAAAUGUCCCUACCCGCAUGGACGAAAGAAUGAUUGGCAUAACGUACAACAAACUUCACAAGAGUCUAAAAGUAUUUCUCUCAGACCACCUAUGGAAUCAACGAUAAUUCACCCAGAAAAUAUAGCUCCUGUCAGACGAUACUAUUUGGAUAAUCUUGACAAAACAGACAAAAAUGAUAGUGAACAGCUAAGUGGUGCACAAAAGGAUCAACUCAAGCGAGUUAUGAAAAAAGUGGAGAAAAUGAAACAGGGUCAUAUAGGAAAUGCAACAAAAAAAGAUACUCAGAGAACAUUUUUAGACACCGAUAUUGUUCUAACUAACAGUGAUAAUAGUGAUGAAAGUGAUAGAGAAGACGACAAAUAUAAGGUUCAAACUGCCAUUCGACAACGACCGAAGUUAGGACGCUUACCUUCGUACAUACCAAUCUGAGAAUUUCGUAAUGUGCAAUAAUUAUUUUAUUAAUAUAUCUUGAUUGUUAAUGCACGGCUUCAAUUCAGUAAAAUUUUAAAAUAAUAUUAAGGCAAAAAUUUAAAAUGAUCAUUUUUCCAUAGAAAACAAUUUCAAUAAGUGCAAAAAGACCAUUAUUAAUUUUAUGUGGGUGAAUUGAAGCAGCAAUUCUAAUUCAUAUAUCUUGUUAAUUUCAGCGAAAAAAUUGAAAAUAAAAAAAGUUAUGAAA